CGGGCAGCGCGCGCGAGAGAGGUGAAUGCAGUCGGCCGUCAUCAUUUGCAAUCCGUUCAGACGCCAUUCAGAUGCGUCCCAUGCGAGUCCGAUCGGACGCAGUCGCGCGAGUUAUCUGCGGAACUACGUACCCCUCGUCAUCCGCCUCGACGCCGAUGUGCACGGGGUGAUACCCGAGGGCCUGAUGAACGGGACGACGUUUUAACGACACGUGAUCGGAACACCACGAAAGGAGAAGAAAAACUGUCACCACCCUUGCCUCCUCAUCUCAAGGUACACAGCCGAAAUGAAUGCGAGCAGAUGUAUGUUUUAGCAUUAUCGUCUAAAUGUGUUUCGGUAGAGAUCUGUUACUGUCUUGUAUGCAUACAGCGCUAUGUAUAAUGAAAUAUUAUACAUAGUACGAUUAUUAAAUCGGAUCUACAGGUUUCUUUCGUAGAAGAGCGACUUGUCCGAGGAAGACGGGUAAUUUUUACAUGUUCUGUGUUUUUUAAUCCAUUACUGACAAAUAUUUCCUCAUUUUUGAAACACAAAAAUUUUAGGAUGAAAAAAUUAAAUCAUUUACUUUUUUUGUUUAAAAAAAGUUUCAAGAUUUAACUUUGAAACCAAUUAAGGUUCAUGAUAAUUAAAAUAUUGUAUAUAAAUAAAAAUAAAAAAUAAAUCCAAUCUAAAAGCUUUAAGAAAUUUUUAAUAUGAUUACAAAUGGGUUUUACUAAAUUAAUAAUGUAUAAUUGCAAAAAUAGACAUUAAUAAUUUACCUCGAGUACAUCAAUAUGAAACAUCCCUGUCGAUGAUUUACAAUGAUUAAGGAUGCAUCUCUGGGACUGGAUAUUCCUUCUAAAUAACAUCCAGCAAUACGAGUUGCAAACUAAACUUAACACGAUAUCGCAAAUGUAAUAAAUUAAUGUGUUCCCUAUGAUUAUACACCUACAACGAACUUAUGAAUUUUUAAAUUCCCAAGUGUGUGUCGACUCUCAACAAUAUAUAGGUAUAUAUUCCUCUUACAUAACAACGCCUAGAUGUGUUGAACGAAUCAAAAUGUUAAAGCAAUAUUUCAUUCCAUAAAAAUUCAUAAAAAUCAACCAGUUUAUCUAUAUCUAACCCAAUUAAGUUUUUUAAUCAAAUAAAGUAGAGAAAGACACGUCGGCAGUGGAGGAAAAUUAUUUGAUUGAAUGAACAAAUCGCCCCGAGCAAAAAUUUGGAAUACAAACAGAUUGAUUUUUAUAAUAAAAAACUUCCACUCUCCAUUCUUUUUAUGCAUUCAUUAAAGCGAUGCGUGCAUGAACCUUUUUGAAAAACAAAUACACAAAGGAGAAUGGUGUUUUCCGUUAAAAAUAAAUUUGAUUACACUUUUUUUAUUAUUGGUCAAAUCUUACCACAUAUUAUUACAACGUUAGCCAGAGAAACUGAUUAAUGUGAAAAAAAUUUGAUUCUCGAGGAAUUUUAUUUGACUGUUAGCUAAGAAUGACAACUGCCUUAAUCCUCGAGUCUCCUUUCGACCAAUCAUAGUAUAGCACAAUUUUAUGCAAGUGCGUGCGCCCUAUGAAAAUUCUUAAGCUCCCUGUAGAAGGAUGAAUGGAGACUAAGUCAGUCGACAGAGGCUAUUCCAACAUUCGUGCGGGUAUUACGCUACUAGUGAUUUGAUCUUUUUGGCACUUUUUAUUUAACUUUACUGCAAAGUAAACGGAGAUGUAUAAAUGUUUUGUUUAAAUCAAUCUUUCGAUAGUGAAAAACGAGGAAACUACCCCAUUUCAUCAAGAAUUUCGCAAGUUUUGGAUCACUGAAGAAUACGAAAAAUUUCGAAACCGAGCUAACAGAGCACGACCAUGAACCGAUGCGAGGAUAUUGCUCUGUCACACGAUGGUACAAGUGUCUCCUUGACUCAUCAUUACACGAAUGAUGUAAAUUACUACGACGGAACUAUCAACAACAGCGAUAAUACAAAUCCCUUGAAAAAAUUUUAUUUAACUACUGAACGGAAGUGGCACAAGGACACAGUUGUGCCGAUCUCCUUAUCGCCGUUUACAAAGGGAAUGCCUGCGAGGUCUCAUCACAGGAUCCGGCAGUCCGUGACAGGACUGGACGAUGCUGGAAUGGAUCUCCAAGUGGCUCAACUCAGUAGUCGGACGGACAAGGAGAUACAUUCCAGAGCAACUCUAUCAUGGCUAGAUGGGCAACUGCCUCUCUUCAUAACGCUUUGUGCCAUAGUUGGCACUAUUCUGUUCACAUUCCUGAUCCUGUUAUGGCUGCGGAAACAAAUGUCGCGUGAAAAAGAUACCGAGGAUGGCGAUCAGCAAGGUCUGGUAGAGGAUGGCGCGACAAUUUGUCAGUCAGACAAGUUGACUAAAGACGCGAAAGGAUCCGUGGAGGCCAAAUGGGUUCACGAAACAGAUUCGAAGCCACCCGCACCCGCGCAUGGAACACGAUCGAUCCCCACAGCGUCAAGUUUGCCAGAGGUGACGUCUAUGACAACACCUGAACGCAGACCGGAACCGAUACGCAUAAAAGCAAAGGGCUUAUUGGAACGACGUGGUUCGAGCACGAGUUUAACCAUAGAAUUAGCGCAAGCACCCGAAAGUCCACCGCAUAUGGUCACUCCUACUCGGGAAUGCACGGCGGAGGAAUUCCUGCUGAGUGCGGGAAAUGUGUUAUCGAGAGCGCAAUUGAAGAAAGUUGUCAAUAACCCGGCAAUGUUACACAAAGAAUUUUGGGAGGUGCCAUUAAAUCUUCCGGAGAAGGUGGACAUUUGCGGUUCGGGGGUGAAGAAUCGUUAUUGCUCCGUUUUACCUAAUCCACAAUCGAGAGUGAUUCUACCGGGCUCCCCCAGCGAUCCUCUCGCCGGCUACAUAAACGCCAAUUAUAUUCGGGGGUACGACGGUGAAGAUGCGAGGUACAUCGCAACGCAGGGACCAUUAGCUCACACGAUAGUAGAUUUCUGGAGAAUGAUCUGGGCAGAGCGAGUUCCUGUCGUUGUCAUGAUAACCAGAUUACACGAAGCGUCGAAAGCAAAAUGCGAGGCAUAUUUCCCCUUCGACGUGAACAGUCGCAUACAGGCCGGAUCCUUCACCGUUAUCGUAAACUGUAUCGAUACGAGGGACGGGUACGUCAUCAGAACCAUGGAGAUCAGGCACGAGGGAGAAAGAAGAUACUUGCAGCACUACUGGUACGACUCAUGGCCGGAUCAUGCCGUACCUCAGUCCGCAGAUGCGCUCGUUAGUAUGGCCGCGGAAGUGAAUUCCUUACCGGGGCCAGUUGUCGUCCACUGCAGUGCGGGGAUAGGACGAACUGGCUGUUUUAUAGCAUUAGCGAUAGGAAUGAUCCAACUUGUGAGAGAAGGAAAUGUCGAUAUAUUGGGUAUCUUGUGCCAGAUGAGAUACGACCGUGGAGGCAUGGUGCAAACGGCUGAACAAUAUGAAUUUGUCCAUAGAGCGCUUUAUCUUUUCGAGGAAACGCUAGACAGCCAGCCGUCGACUUCAAGCGAUUGAACUACGGACUAUUUUAAGAAUGACUAUUCCUUUAUUUCUCGAAAGAGGACAUGUUAUUGCCUACGAGAAUAUCACCUCGUACAGACAUACAUGCCUGUUGCAAAAAGCGUUAAUCUCUAACGAAUCUCAACGUCAGCAUAUGGCUGAUCCCAUUAUCUUCAAUAUUUGGACGAGUCAAAACCUCGUUUAAUAAGCUGCCAUUUACUACUGCCAUGACAAAAUCGUUGACAAUUAAUAUCGAUCGCCAAGCUCAAGACAAAGAAAAGAAAAAGGACUCGCAUGUUGGAGCACACACAGUUUUCCUAAGCGAUGCGUUCUCAAGUAUCGCAGUUGGCUUAAUAGAACGGAGCAGCAUUUGUCUUUGUAGUGAAUGCGCGAUACGUAAGUCACCAUUAAGAUAUGCUUAAGUCAAGAUUGGAUUAUUUUAUAUAAAUCAUGAUAUUAGAGAAACAAUCUUCGGAUAAUGAUUUGUAUUCGUAAAAUUGAUAUUCAAAGAAUCAGUCACUUGGAGUCUAAUUAUCUCUUUACACAUUCCCCGUGUCGGUUAUAAAAUAGCUAACAAGUUUCGAUAGACUCUAAAGGCGCAACGAUGUUUAGAAAUGAUUACGCGUCUUUAACAACCAAUGGACUAAAUCCUUCGCUGUAGCUUGACGACAAUGUAGAACACGUGGCAAAAUUUAGUAGGUUGUUCCAACGUGUAUGAGCUAAUGACUACUUUAAUGGCAUAUAGAAUUACAAAUGUGAGAUCAUGACACGCGAACACGACAGCUGGAAUAAUUGUUGAUUUAUAGGACGUGAAUUGGUUGGACACUGUCCUACUUCCAGUUCCUAUUUGAUUUUAAAAUAACUCUCUAUGAUCUUUAUUUUUAUUUAAUUCGCCGACUAACACGAGACUGAACGCGGGUAGUACAAUAUAAUAAUUGAAAAAGAAAUAUAUAUCUAUACAUAGCUUGAAGACUAAAAAUCUGAAUAAUCAGUUUAAUAGGCAGAUACGAAAACUAAAUGCGCCGUAUUAGCGAAUAUAAUUACAUAUUCACGUUAACAACAAACUUUCGCCUCGUAUUCGUCUAUUAAAUCGAUAUUUCGCUCGAUGUAGUAAUUGUUCAGAUUAUAAAUCAAUUUAAUAAUAAAGGAACUUAAACAGUUAGAAAUAAAUUCGCAUUGAUUUGGGAAGAGAAAAUAUAUUAUGUAGGGAUAUUUUAAAUAUAAAAGGCAAAACGUUACAUUAUCGUGUAACUUCUUGUCUUUUAUAUAAGAUGUAUUUAUAUUUCGCUUAUUUCGAUAAUCAAGUAAUAUAUUAAAACAAAGUUUAGAUUUUAUUAAUCAAUAUUUAUGUAAAAUUGAAAGUUUAGCGUAGUUCUCUAAGCGUCCGUUUCUGCGUUUGUAUGUUUGUAUAUUUAAGUUAACGCUUUAAUCGGGGAGUUAACAUUCAACCGAUAAUGCAUUUGGUUCAAGCGAGUUAAUGUAAAUUUUAAUCGGUACAAAUUUAAAUUAUUACUGCGAAUUUGCAUGACAAUAAAUGAUUAUUAUAUCGUUAACGUUUGAUUUGGUUGCUAAUAUUUUUUAGGCUAUUUAUCAGCUAAUGGAGUAACACCAUCAACACCAAAGUUCUAGAUAGAAUCGGCUCAGAUAAUAAUACCUAAAAUCGCGUUGUAUAUGUUGUAUGCGUUUUGCUCGAGAUCUUAGUGACUAGCUCUCCUUGUGUGGUUCAGUUCGACCGGCCACGACUUAUUCUCGAUAGAUACGGAUUCUAACGGCUGAACAGUUGAGAGAUGUAUGUACCUUGCUUUCGUGUAUACGUGGAAAACUUGUAUCAAAAAAGGACUUUUUAUAUACGUAUUGUGAAGAAAGCGAAGUGAACUCUCUCCGAUAUAUUAUCCGAAUAGUACAUAUUGCUCGUUACUCGUUUCGAUUAUUACAAUCGGAUACAGUAAUGUCGUUCAGUACGCUCGCAUUCCAAAACUUUUCUCUAACGCUUGAACAAUAUUUUCUCGUUUGUCUCGAUUGAUAAUUAAGUGUACUUUCAACUGCUUUUACAUUCGUAAAGAACCAAAGAAUCGAUGAGUCGCGUGGCACGAGAUAUUUUUGAGCACAGGGAAUGACAUUAAUGCGCCUGAUUGUACAAUGCUUAAAGAACACGUAUGCAAGCGCAUACAUCCCCAUACAUGAAUACAUCUCAAUGUACACAUAUAUAUGUAUAUACGUAUGCGUGCCCGCGCGAAGGUAUACGAGUAUAUACAUAUGUGUAUGUGUAUGUGUAUGUGUAUACCAGGUGUACAUAAAUUGUACAGAGAGAAGAAUAUAUUUAAGAAAAUAUGUAUUUGUGUAAGACAAAAGGUAUAUAUAUAUAAUAUAUAUAUAUAAAGGUAUAUAUAAUAUAUAUAUAAUUAUUUAUGAGUGCGCAGGGCCGCGCGAGUGAUUUAACGUAGAUGCAUCCAAUGGGCGGUGAUAAUAACGAUAUCGCAAACAACACAACACACAAUAAUGAUACCAUAAACAAUGAUAAUAAUAACGACAACAAUAACGAUUUAGCGACCCCUCGGUGUUCAAUUGUACUUAUGUGAUGUAAUAAAUGUUUAUAGCAUCCAU